CUUUAAUAACGUGUAGUGUUUUCUAGAGCCCAGCCGACGGCCCUGCGCUCAUUGUGGUGGUGUUUUAGUUCGACAGAGAAAAGUCACCUGUCCCCCUGUGUACUGUGAGGAACGCCGGCAGCUCGCGCUCUCUCCACAGCCCGUUUUCCACAGCAGCUCAGACGUGUAACUUGACUGAGGGAGAUGUACAGCAAGCGGCAGCAGGAGAGGCUAACAGUAAUCUGUCUUGUCCACUCGGCGCUGGUGCUGGGGCUUCUUCAGUCCGGAGCUGUGGGUGCCCGUAGGCUCCGGGGAGGCCGCAGCGAGCGCAGAGCUUCCCUGCUGCCCUCAGCCCCUCAUCGCCAGCGCGGCGACACCACCACAACCGAGAGUUUCGCGCUGGACUUCACGGCCGUCGAAGACAACAUGGACAGUUUCAUGACUCAGGUGAAAAACCUGGCGCAGUCCCUGUAUCCGUGCUCCGCGCAGAAGCUCGACAACGACAUGAAGUUGCAUUUUCUGGAAAAUAUGUCAGUUACCUGCAACGACGGCACACCUGCUGGGUACUAUCUGAAAGAGUCACGGGGAAGCAGAAGAUGGUUGAUCUUUCUAGAAGGUGGGUGGUACUGCUUCAACAAGGAGAACUGUGACAGCAGAUAUGAGACAAUGAGAAGGCUCAUGAGCUCCUCAAAAUGGCCACAGACCAAGACAGGCACAGGUAUUUUGUCUCCACUACCGGAGGAUAAUCCUCACUGGUGGAAUGCCAACAUGGUGUUUAUUCCAUAUUGCUCCAGUGAUGUGUGGAGUGGAGCCACCCCCAAAACAGAUCAAAAUGACUAUGCCUUCAUGGGUUCGCUCAUUAUAAAGGAAGUGGUGAAAAAUCUGCUAAGUAAAGGUCUGGACAACGGCAAGAUUCUACUCCUAGCUGGAAGCAGUGCGGGCGGUACUGGAGUGCUGCUGAAUGUGGAUGCUGUGUCAGAGCUGCUGGAAGAGCUGGGUCACCCCAACAUACAGGUGAGGGGUUUAUCUGACUCUGGCUGGUUUCUGGACAACAAGCAGUACCUCUGCACAGACUGUGUGGACACAAUCAGCUGUGCCCCUACAGAGGCCAUCAAGAGGGGAAUCAAGUAUUGGGGAGGUGUUGUGCCUGAGCGUUGUAGACUGGCACAUGAAGGGAGUGAAUGGAACUGUUUCUUUGGUUAUCGAGUUUACCCAACAAUUAGACGACCUGUGUUUGUGGUGCAGUGGCUUUUUGAUGAGGCACAGCUGACUGUGGACAACAUCCAUCUUAUGGGUCAGCCUGUCCAGGAGGGACAGUGGCGUUAUAUACAGAACCUGGGCAUAGAGCUCAGAAACACUCUCAAAGAUGUCCCAGCCAUGUUUGCUCCAGCAUGCCUCUCACAUGAGGUCAUCACAAGAAACUACUGGAUUGACAUACAGGUGAAAGGGACAUCUCUUCCAAGAGCUCUCCACUGCUGGGAACGCAGUCUCCAUGACAACAGCAAAAACAGCAAAGCCCCACCCAAAGGAUGUCCCAUGCACUUGAUUGACAACUGCCCGUGGCCCCACUGCAACCCAACCUGCCCUACCAUCCGAGAUCAGGUCACCGGGCAGGAGAUGAAUGUCAUCCAGUUUCUCAUGCAUAUGGGCUUUGAUGUGCAGAAGAUGGCUCAGCAGCAGGGCAUGGACCCCAGCAAGCUUCUGGGCAUGCUCAGCAGUGGCAGCUAAACAUCAUGGCAAUGGAAGGACUGCCUCCCUGCUUUGGUGGUACUUCCUGUCUGGCUGUUAUGAUACCUCUGAACAGUGACCUCGGACCACCUUAACCUGACCUGUUCCCUAACCUCACCAUGAACACCUCCCCAUCCCUCAGUAUAACAUUCCAGUCCUCAUUGGAGAUGUUAGAGAUCCCUCAAAUGUUUAUUUAGGAUGAUAGUGCUGUUGUCAAAUCCACUUCAAUGAAAAACAAGGGCUGCUCACUGUCUCAUGCAGUGCAUAGUUGCAGAGGGAGCUUUUAAAAACAACCAGGGCAUAUCAUGCGUGUUUCUUGCCUCUUAAAAGAAUACUUAACCCAAAACAUGCUGUUGGUGCUAAUGAUCAAAAGUGACAGGCAGGCAGUAUUAGCAUGUCAAUCAAGCUAAACACUUCAGUAUAGUUCUCAGGGCGCAUUUACUAAGCACAUCCAAAAACAAAGUUAAAAAACUGCAAAGUAGUAGUAGUAGUUUUUAACUAAUUUACAUUAGUGUAUAUGAUACCAGCUUUCUUUGUUCAUCAACUUUUUAGGCAUUAACUAUGUAGAUAAUAGCUAGUGAAGACUUGCGUUGUGUUGUAAACAACCCUACUUUCACCUGACGUCCCAUAGGGCCAGUUGACUUUGGCAUGUUUUUGCAGUCGAAAGUUAGUUCUGCACAAAUUAAGCCUGUCUAGCCUGCCAUUAGUUACUGUUCAUUCACUUUUAGCCACAUAAAUGUUUUUGGGUGAAGCAUUCUUGAAAUUAGUCUUUGGUUGUAAACGUAUGACGAAUGUAAUGCAGUUUUACAG